AUGGCCGCGGUAACGAACGGGCACACGAAUGGCAUCAAUGGCCACGCCGAUCAACAAUAUGCGCGCUUCAGUGACAUCCCCGCCGUCAUCGAUAUCCCUGUCCGCGGCGAGGAUGGCGACGAAGCAGUCAACCUCGACCUCACCGAGCUCAUGGACGAGACGGACGAGCUGUGCGAUCUUCUCGAAGGAGAAAACGCUGCGCGGAACUACUGGGUGACGAUCGCUCUGGCAUAUGCGAAGCACAAUAAAGUGAAUAUUGCCAUCGACAUACUACAAAAGGGACUAGGCGCAGUCGCACGAGGUCGGAGUGAGGACAAGCUGGUAUUGCUGUCAUGUCAAUGCUGGCUGUAUCUGUGGAAGUGCAGGAAUGCGCCUCGUGUGAAGCCGACACAGGUCACGGACGAUGAUCGGACCAAAGAUCAUUGGCUGCAUGCCGCGACGACUACCUUGAACGAAGCAUCACGCAUCAGUCCACAGUAUCCACCAUUGUUCCUUGCGCGAGGUACACUAUACUUGCUGCGAGCAUCUCUACAACCCAGCAAGAGCGGAUCAGGCGGAGUGGACAACAGCGAGCGCAUGGACACGUUGAAGCAGGCUGCAAAGUGCUUUGACGAUGCAUACAAGAGUUCGAAGGGCAAGAAUGUUAUGGCUAUGCUGGGCAAGGCCAAGGUACAAUUCUCGCUUGGCCGGUAUGCUGAGUCUCUAGCCAUCUACCAGCAAGUCCUCACACUGGCGCCUGAUAUGCAAGACCCAGAUCCCCGGAUUGGUAUUGGCUGUUGUCUGUGGGCUUUGGGGCACAAGGAGCACGCUUGUGCUGCCUGGCAACGAAGUCUGGACAUCAACUCAGAGCGUAACAUCCCCGCGAAUAUACUCCUUGGUCUGUCAUACCUCGACGAGUCGAGCCAGUACACUACGGCCGAUCCACAGUUCGCGGAGAUCUAUAAGAAGGCAAUGACUACGCACACACAGACUGCAUUCAAGCUCAACGGGAUGCACGCUUUGGCCUGCGCAACUUUCGGAUCCUACUUUCUUCUUCGUAAGGCCUGGGCAAACGUCGAGCGACUGGCACGGAGAGCGAUCGAACAGACCGAUGUCAACGCUGUAGCAUCAGACGGCUGGUAUCUUCUGGCACGAAAGGAGCAUUAUGAGGGCACCGAUCUUGCCAAGGCCGCCGACUACUAUAGCAAAGCUGAUCAAGCCCGAGGAGGUGAUGAGAAAGGCUACCUACCAGCCAAGUUUGGCGCAGCACAGCUCAAAACACUAAUGGCAGAUCUGGAUGGUGCGAAGUUCAGGCUCGACAAGAUCAUCUCGGCUCCGACGCAAGCUGCAGCAGGUGGGCAGAAGAGUACCGAAGCGAUGACUUUAUUGGGUAUACUGCACGCCGAGGAGGUGUUCGCCAACCAGGCUGCUGGUGGGAAGGAGGACAGGUCUAUAGAAGCGAAGAGAGCGAUCGGGCUCCUUGAGCAGGUACGAGUGGCUUGGAAAGAUCCAAAGCGGAAAGUUUCGCCUGACUCUGCUGUGCUGCUGAAUCUGGCAAGGCUCUAUGAGCAAGAAGCGCCGGAUCGAGCACUAGGCUGCUUGUUGCAAGUCGAGCAGAUGGAGCUGGAUGAUAUUGCAGAAGACGACGAUCGUUUACCUGAUGACAUUGGUGAUGAAGCCGAAGAGAGGAGAGCACGACGAGAGCUGCUCAGCCCGCAACUUCUCCACAAUAUUGGCUGCUUCCACUACCAGGCAGACAAGUACACGCAAGCGCGAGAAGACUUCCAGACCGCACUUAACAGCUGCGUCAAGAUGGGAGAACGCGACGACUCCCUGGACACUGACGCACUCGUAACAAGUAUAUCCUUUAACCUCGCCCGUACCUAUGAAGCCGAAGGCAUGGCGCAGGAAGCAACCAACAUCUACUCUGGUUUGCUCGAGAGACAUCCCGACUAUACUGAUGCUCGUGCCCGCUUGCUAUACACUGCCAUACUCGACCCCACCACACAAGGCGAAGCCACAGAAAACCUCAGACAACUACUACAAUCCGAACCAGGCAACCUCGACCUCCGCGCGCUGCAGACAUGGCAUCUACAUCGCACGAAGAAACGCACAGCCAAUCUGGCCGAGGAUCCAGAACAACGCCACCUCAAGGAGACACUGCAAAAACACGACAAACACGAUCUCUACUCGCUCAUCGGUAUGGGUAACCUGCACUUGACCAUCGCCCGUGAGAUGCGACGGGAAACGGAUCAGGACAAGGAGAAGCGCAGUAAGACAUACAUCCGCGCCAUCGAGUUUUUCGACAAAGUUCUUAGUAUCGACCCUCGUAACGCAUGGGCAGCGCAAGGAAUGGGCAUCGCCAUGGUAGAGGAAAAGAAAGGAACGCAAGAUGCCAUCCAGAUCUUCUCCAAAGUCCGCGAGUCGUUGAAGGGGAUCAGCGCAUCCGUGUACCUGAACCUAGGGCACGUGUUUGCCGAGAUGAAGCAAUGGUCGCGAUCCAUUGAGAAUUACGAACUUGCGCUCGGCCGCAGUGCGAAGGAACGCGGUGAUGGGAACGUGGACCCGCAGAUCUUGGCUUGUCUAGGGCGGGUGUGGUUGCAGCGUGGACGGCAGGAGAAGAAGUUGGAGGCGUAUAAGAUGAGUUUGGAUUUGUCGAAGCAGGCUUUAAAGCUGGCGCCGGAGAAUAUUAAUUUGAGGUUUAAUGUGGCGUUUGUGCAGAUCCAGCUUGCGCAGUUGCUUAUUGGGUUGGGGGAGACGCAGAAGACGUCGGAAGAGGUCGAGGAUGCGGCGCAGGGGUUGGAUGAGGCGAUUGAGGCUUUCGGUGCUAUUGCUAAGGAACCUAAUGCUCCUUUCCCACGAGGUGAUUUGGAGGCUCGUGCCAAUAUGGGUCGGAAUACGAUGAAGAGGCAAGUUUUGGGUGCCGUGGAGAGACAAGCCGACUUCGAGCGCAAGAACAAAGAGCGAUUGGAGGAGGCGAAGAGGAGACGGGACGAGGAGAUCAAGAAGCGGGAGAUGGAGCGCGAGAAGGCACUGGGUGAGAUGCAGGAACGCGAGCGCAAGAUCAAGGAGGAGCGCGCACGCAUGGCGGAGGAAGAUCGGGAGGCGAGGGUGUUGAGGGAAGAUGAGGACAAGAGGCGGGAGGAGGCAGAGUAUACUACUGAUGCUGAGACGGGGGAGAAGAAGAAGAGGGAGAAGAAGCCGAGGGAGAAGAGGCAGAAGCGGAAGAAGAAGACGGAGGAUGAUAGUGAUGGUGAAGUUGCCGGGGGGACUGAUGUUGAAGGUGGUGGGAAAGGUGGUAGGAGUCGGGGAGCGAGUACCACGCCAUUUACCGGCACGGGCUCGGAUGGCGAGGCGGAGGCUAGACCCAGGCAGAAGAAAAAGAGGAAGCUUGAGCGGAAGGGGCAGGCGGCUAAGAGUUCGAAGUUCAAAUCUGCUGAGGUGGUGGAGGAGAGCGAGGACGAUGAUGUUCCUGCUGCUAGUGGGACGCCAGCUGCGGAUGACGAUGAUGUGGUGGAUGGGGAUGGUGACGAUGUGGAGGCGGCAGCGGCUCCUGGUCAGAGGAAGAAGGCCGCGAGGGUGUUGGACGAUGAUGAUGAGGGGGACGGAGAGAUGGAGAUGGAGAAUGGGAUGGGGUUGCAGGGAGUCGAGGUGCCGGUUGAUUGGUCCUUGGAACUUCCGCCACCGAGGCAUUUGUAG